GGACAUAAACAAUGGCUGGCUGAAGUUCAAUUCCUCGGCGUCCUUCGGCACCCAAACCUUGUAAAACUCCUUGGAUGCUGUUCCGAAGAUGGUGAAAAUGAUGAGAUCCAAAGGCUACUAGUUUAUGAAUACAUGCCAAAUAAAAGCUUAGAUGACCAUCUUUUCAACAAAGCUUAUCCUGUCCUUCCCUGGAAUUUAAGACUGAAGAUAGCAUUGGGAGCAGCAGAAGGCUUGGCACAUCUACAUGAAGGUUUAGAAAUUCAGAUCAUACACAGGGACUUUAAAGCUUCAAAUAUUUUGUUAGACAACGAGUUCACGCCAAAACUGUCAGAUUUUGGGCUAGCCCGGGAGGGUCCAACCGAAGAUCGAACUCAUGUAUCCACUGUGGUGCUAGGAACUCGCGGCUAUGCCGCACCGGACUACGUUGAAACUGGCCAUCUCACAACUAAAAGCGACGUAUGGAGCUUUGGGGUCGUCCUCUAUGAACUCCUCACAGGUCGACGUCCACUCGAGAAAAGCCGUCCGGCCAAUGAACAAAAGCUUCUGGAGUGGGUGCAGCAGUUCCCCAUUGAAAGCAAGCGGUUCAACAUGAUCAUGGAUCCAAGACUCAAGUAUCAAUAUUCAUUGAAAGCAGCCAGGGAGGUUGCGAAGCUGGCCAACCGGUGCCUGGCGAAGCGGGCCAAGGAACGGCCGAAGAUUAGCGAGGUAGUUGACAUUUUGAAACUAGCUGUUCAUGUCACUGAAGCAACAAGGAAUGGGGGCUCUAUAUCAGGGCAUGGAGUGGGUAGAUUGGAGAAGGGAAAAGGAAGUGAGCCUUAAGCUGAUUGAUAAUGUUAUUGGAAGCUGCUUCUAGUGCUUAUAAAGGAACUCUGGUUUGCAAUUUUAAAUAAGUUGUGAAAUAGGUAAUGUGGUGGUGGUUUUCUCUUUUUCUUACUUGGGAGAGGCUUGGUUUUGAAAUAGCUGUACUGUGUUGAAUGAUGGAUAUAAUAGAGAUACUGAAAUUGUUGACCAAUGUGUGAAU